GGGGCUUCUCCUAGUCUCCUGAAACAAGCCCCUUUCCGUUCUGCCAGUCUUUUUCUCAAGCAGCCUCGCCUUCUGCUCGCUUGAGAUUGAUUCAGUAUAACGGACGGGAGAAGAAGCCAAGGGCUUAUUCUCGAGCCACGUCAGCCGUUCCGCUUCUCUUCUUGUUGCUCUGUUGUAUAAAACGUGGGAGUGAUUAGAAUGGCUGUCGCCGCUCGUGCAGCCUUCAGCGGAUGCAUCCGCGUCAGCACCACAACCAGCGAAGCCGGAUUUCUCGGAUUGCAGCAGCCACAGCGACCUUGUCGCCGAUUUCCGCCUCUUACGACAGCUGCUCGCCAGUCGUCAUACGAAUCCGCCUCGCUGUGUUCCGAGCAAUUGCAGCAAUUGCGGCAGUCGCUCUCACCAACCGCUGGAUCCAAAGCCAGGCGUGGUAACUUCCAUCAGCCAAACCGCAGCAGAAGCUUCCGAGCGCUCUCCGUCGUCGCCGCUGCAUCAGGGUGGAACCGCGGCGAUGGCGAGCCCGAGUCCUCUCCCGCUGCUUUAUCAGGACCGCGCGAGAUUGGAAGCAGGAAAAACGGCCGAGCAGCGAGGAGACGCGGCAAUACUGUAGCAGCAGCUGCGCGCGAGGGCAUGGCUCUGGGUGACGUGGACGGCAGCAGCGCGUGGUUCGAGGAUGACGUGGAGUUCGUGCUCCACUUGGCGAGCGACGAGGAGCUCCGCGAGCUGUGGGACAUUCUCUACGGCCGCAGCCUCUUCAGCCCGGUGUUCAAGUCCAUCACGGCGGGGGACGGCUCCGCGUCCGCCGCGCAGCUGUUCAGCGCGGCGUUCGGGGAGAGCAGCGAGGGGCUGGAGAGGGCGGAUCUAAUCCAGCGGCUGGAGGCACGCUUCUUCUUCCUCUCCGCCGAUGCGAGAGACACCGUGACUGGCAAUCGCCCGUCGUACCGAGAUGUGCUGCUGACAGUGCGGCAGCGGCUGGGAGUGCGGUGCAGUGCGGUGCUGUCGACGCCUGACUUAGAGAGCGAGAUAUUUCUGCACCUGCUGAACAAUUACGCUGACACCAUGGAAGAGGAUAUUGGCGGCAGCAACAGCAGCACUGGCAGCACUGGCAGCCCAUGGGCCAUAGCAGGGGAGUGGGCCAUGGGGCAAGAGGGGAAAGCCUCCCGCGAGAGUGGGAGUGCAAGUGGCAGUAGAAGAGCUAGCCAAGAGACUAGAGACAGCAGUUGGGACUUGGGGCUUGACGAGGGGGAUGAGGAGGAGGAGGAGGAGAGAGGCAAGGAGGGGGGGUUGCGGUCAUGGGCGGUGGGGACGCUGCGCAGCGGUGUGCGGGCUGCCAUGCGCAUGGGGCGGGAUGAGAUCCUCGCCACGUUUCUCAAGGGCGGGUCUGCUUUAACGCUCACUUCCGUCAAGAAGCUGCUGCUAUCGCGCAUCACUGGCCGCGUGCUGUACGAGCGAGCCAAGUUUGAAGUCACGCAGAUGGCUCUAAAACGGGGCGGCCAGCUAGUGCUGUCCACGAUCGAGUCUCGCCUGGCCUUCUACAGUGCCAAGCAGGGCCUGGCGGCAGCAACGGCUCGUUAUGUGAGCCUCAGGAGCGCCAUGGCUCUGCUCGGGCCCCUGCUGUGGGGUGCGUUCAUAGCGGACGUGGUGGUGCAGUCUCUGGGCACAGACUACGCCCGUGUCGUCCGAGCCAUCUUCUCAUUCGCACAGAUUCGCCUCACCAAGACGUACGGUUGGACCCAAGGUUCCAGCUCAAGCCGUGGCUCACUAGAGGCGUAACGAAAUAUCUCAAGAGCGUGCGCUUACUAGCACCUACUUGUACAUACAGGCAGUAGUUGUUUGCGUACCCUUUCCUAUUGGAUUGCUUUAGAACCCAAGGCCCUAGGUGAGCUUUCCAACACUAAGUAUACACUAUAUAUAUGUACACUCUUAUCAUAAAGUCACCAGUCCUAACCAUUGGGAC